AUGGGUUCUGCAGAUCAGACUUCAUUUCCUAAACCCCUCAAGCAGUCUGGUGCUCUCGAGCAGUUCGCCUAUGAGGAAACAACUCCUGUCAUCGGUCGAGAGUUUCUGAACGUCAACAUUGUUGAUGAUCUUCUGAAUGCAUCCAAUGCAGACGAGCUUAUCCGAGACCUUGCCAUCACUAUCUCGGAACGAGGUGUCGUCUUCUUCCGCAAACAAGACAACCUUACCAAUGCUCUCCAGAAGCAAUUGAACCACAAGCUGGGGCAGUUGUCUGGGAAACCAUCGACAUCGACUCUGCACAUUCAUCCCGUGCUCAACAACAGCAGCGAGUUUGGCGUUGAUGAUGCAGAGAUCAGCACUAUUAGCUCUUUGCAGAGAAAAGCUCUCUUCAAGGAAAAUGACGCACGUAACAAACGUCGCUACGACGCUGCCCAAUGGCAUUCGGACAUCCAAUUCGAGCCUACGCCUGCCGACUACACUUCGUUACGUUUGACUCAGCUCCCCAAGUCUGGAGGCGACACACUCUGGGCAUCUGGGUACGAGAUUUACGACCGGUUCUCACCAGCGUAUCAGAAGUUCUUCGAAGGUCUGACUGCCACAUUCUCUGGCGAUGGCUUCCUCAAGGCUGCAGCUGCCAACCCAGAUAAGGUCAAGAUCUACGAGAAGGAGCGUGGUAGUCCAUUGAAUGUGGGUAAAGAGCUCACAGCCGUACACCCGGUCGUCAGAACAAACCCUGUCACUGGAUGGAAGAGUAUCUUCGCUCUCGGCCCUUUCCCAAAGUUCAUCAACGAAUUGAACGCCGAUGAGUCGGAGGAACUGCUGAAGAAGUUCCGGGCUACCAUUACAGAGAACCACGAUCUUCAGGUUCGUUUCAAGUGGAGAAACGAGAACGAUAUUGCCAUCUGGGAUAAUCGCAGUGCUUUCCACAGCGCCACCUUUGACUACGAAGGACUAGGCGAACGAUUUGGUAAUCGUGCUGUCGGAAUCGGUGAGGUACCUUAUCUCGACCCGAACAGCCAAUCCAGAACGCAAGCUCUUGCCAAGCGCCAGGUCAAUCAAGAGGUAGCCUUCGAGGGGAAGACUGAGAAGUCAGAAACUCUGUCUGGUUGA